AUGGAUUACAAAUUGUUGAUUUUGAUUGUUUUUCUAUUUACAUUAUUCAUUAAAAUUCAAACAGGUGAACCAGGUGACAAUCAAUCUGAUGCAAACAUGGACAACAUAAUUGAAUUCAUGUUACGUGAAGCUCGUAGUUUUGGUUGUAAUGGAUAUAAUAAAAUCCAUAUAUAUAAAUGCAAAAUGAAUUGUCAACGUCGACAUUCCAGCGGUAUUCGAUGUAUUAAAUCAUCACAUGGAAUACUUUGUGUGUGCGCUACAAAAUCUUCAUGA